CGUAAUGAUCAGAAAAUCAAUUAUCAUCCUGUUCGACUCAGGUUACAAGAUAGGUGACACCUCCAUACCUCUCGAAAGCCCAAAGAAGAAGAAGGGGCACAAUGUGAAGGUCCAUAAAAAAAAGGCAUUUCCAACCAAGAGGCACUAAAGAGGGAGACAACAAAGGUGGAAAAGAGGCAGUCCUUCAACACCUAGAGCAAGUUGGAGUUUCGAACACCAUAAUCGAGACUGUGACUCGGGUUACAAGAAAGGUGACACCUAGGAACAAUGGAACCCCCACAACAUCAAAGAAACAAGAAAAGAAGGAAAUUAGGGUUAAGUUCCAAAAGGCCGUGGAAAAGAAGCCGUCCUUUAACACCUCGAACAAGUUGGACAAAAGAACUGGAUCUAAACAUAGAUUGGGUCAACAGCCUAGAGCAGGUGGUGGACGUAAUGAUCAGAAAAUCAAUUAUCGUCCUAGGUGACACUGGUUACAAGAUAGGUGACACCUCCAUACCUCUCAAAAGCCCAAAGAAGAAGAAGAGGCACAAUGUGAAGGUCCAUAAAAAAAAAGGCAUUUCCAACCAAGAGGCACUAAAGAGGGAGACAACAAAGGUGGAUAAGAGGCCGUCCUUCAACACCUAGAGCAAGUUGGAGUUUCGAACACCAUAAUCAAGACUGUGACUCGGGCUACAAGAAAGGUGAUACCUAGGAACAAUGGAAACCCCCAGGAACAAUGGCAACCCCCACAACAUCAAAGAAACAAGAAAAGAAGGAAACGAGGGUUAAGUUCCAAGAGUUAGAACUUCAACACCAAGAGCAAGUUGGAGUUUCAAACAGCAUAAUCGAGACUGUGACAAAAGAACUGGAUCUAAACAGAGAUGGGGUCAACAGCCUAGAGCAGUUGGUGGACGUAGUGAUCCGAAAAUCGAUUAUCGUCCUGGGCGACUCGGCUUACAAGAUGGGUGACACCUCCAUACCUCUCGAAAGCCCAAAGAAGAAGAAGGGGCACAAUGUGAAGGUCCAUAAAAAAGGGCAUUUCCAACCGAGAGGCACUAAAGAGGGAGACAACAAAGAUGGAAAACGGGGAGGCAAAGGCAGGGAAGAAAGACCAUCACACAAUCCAGACAACUCUGAAUAUGGAGAGGAGGAGAAGCCUGAGGAGGGCAAGACUCACCAAAACAAGAAGAAAAAGAAAUAAGACAAGAAUCCAAGCCAAUAUGAAGCUGAAUAAUUUUUAAGGAACAUUAUCUAAUAAUACCAUCAAUAUACAAAAGAAUACAUUUAAGGCAGUUAAAUAAUUAACAGUGAAAUAUAACAUCAAACUUGACUUGAAAAGAAAUUAAGAUAGGAACUGAACUAUGGGUGAUGACUGAAUUUUUUCUCUCAUUAUUGCUACAUUAUUAAUAAUUUCUGACAAUAACCUGAAGCUAUUCUGAUCUUACCUGCUCUAGGCCGUUGACCCAAUUUAUGUUUAGAUCUAGUGCAUUUGUCACAACCUCGAUUAUGGUGUUCGAAACUCCAACUUGCUCUAGGUGUUGAAGGACAGCCUCUUGGAACUUAACCCUCGUUUCAUUCUUUUCUUGUUUCUUUGAUGUUGUGGGGGUUGUCAUUGUUCCUGGGGGUUUCCAUUGUUCCUAGGUAUCACUUUUCUUGUAACCCGAGUCACAGUCUCGAUUAUGGUGUUCAAAACUUGAACUUGCUCUAGGUGUUGAAAAACUGCCUCUUUUCCACCUUUGUUGUCUCCCUCUUUAGUAGCUCUUGGUUGGAAAUGCCUUUUUGAUGGACCUUCA